AAGUCAAAUGUUUGUCAUAGGGUAAUUAAAAAUUAAUCUCAAAAAAAGAAAUGGUGGACCAAAUGCAAUAGAUGAUGAAAAUAUUAGUGUCAGUUACAGCUAGCAUUCAGGAACAAAAUAACUGCUUCCUCUGAGAUAAUUAAAAGCCAUUUAGUUUUCAGUCUAUUUUGUGACAUGAGUGAAGUCCACAAGCUUCUGACCAGCCAGAAAGUAGAAUUAAAAAUUACAGUUUUUGUAUUAGCAGAAAUGGAACAUAAUUUAGGGUGGUUUGUUAUAUUACAGACAGUCAACUAAAUUCUAUCUAGAGUUGUAAGGGAGCAACACUUCAGAAAGAGAGCCCUCUUAAAUAGAAGAAAAUUAUUUUCGUUUGAAUGUUGGCUUUAUUCUAUGAAUCCUUUUUCCAAAAAGGUUGCCAGGCGUAGUACAAUGCAAUCUAUGAUUACACCAUAAUUAAACAGAAUGCCUUUUCUGUAUAUAAGUGAACUUUGAAAAAAAAUUUAAUUGAAAGGGAUUAUUUUUGCAAAGUGGGAUAGAUUCAGAAAAGAAUCCUCUUGAAAGAAUUUGUACUUAAUUGUGUUAUUUAUUUAUUCAAAUUUUUGCCAAUACAUUUGAGCUAGAAAAAAUAGUUGGAGCUAUGGUUACCUCCAAGUUUUCUUCUGCUAUAAUAGCAGUUUCCUUUUUUAAUGCAGUCAGAAGAGCUAAAAUGUUAUCCCAUUCAGAAUUAAUUUUUCUAAAAAAUUUGGAGAAAAUUUUAAGUAUUGUGUGCAUUACAAUACCCCCUUUCUUUCUUUUUCAAUUUUCUUAUCAACUUUGUUUCUGCAAAGCAUGGUGUUAAUUAAGUAACUAAUCUUCAUAGAGCAAAUUUGAGCAUCUGAUAAUGGCUGGGAUCUUUAUCCUUAGCAAAUGCUACAAAUUGUCCUAGCACUCCUGAUGCAUAGCCCAACUGGAAUGUUUGGGAAUGAUCCUGAGAGCUGUCUUUCUCUUCUGUCAGAGAGACAGUGUUUAUGCACAAUGGAUAAAGCCCCCUUGUGGUUCAAGAACAUGUUUACCAGAAAGGAGACAGAAGAAAGCAAAUCGAUUAUGCAGAAAAAUUCAUGUGCUGAGAAUAAAACAUCCUGUUAUGGCAGCAUUAAUGGAGCAGAUGCUUCUGAGGUGUCUUGUGUUCCUUGUGGUAACCAUACCAGUCGAGGUUUUGUCACUUGUCCUACUUGCCAAGGCACUGGAAGAAUCCCCAGAGAGCAGGAGCAACAGUUAGUGGCCCUCAUUCCAUAUGGAGAUCAGCGGCUAAAGCCUAGACGGACGAAGCUGUAUGUAUUUCUCACAGUAGCCAUUUGCCUGCUGACAACUUGUCUCAUGAUGUACUUCCUGUUCCCACGUUCAAUUGCGGUGGUCCCCUCGGGUCUCAAUGCCUCCACCAUCUCUUUUGACAAUUCUACUUCCAGCAUCAUCCUGAAUAUGACUAACAUAUUAAAUGUGACAAACAACAAUUUUUAUCCUGUGUAUGUGGCUCAGCUUGACAUUGAAGUCUUUCAUAAAACAGUGGUGAUCGGGAAAAAAAUGGUGAUGACUCAGUUGGAUAUCAGGCCUUUGCAGAGUGCCCAGAUCCUUUACAGUGUUUCUACUACAAUCAUAGAUACCAACACUUACAAAAUUUGUACAUGGAUGAAAAUAAAAGUUCACAAUGUUCUUCUGCAUAUACAAGGUACCUUGACUUGUUCCUAUCUCUCUCAUUCGGAGCAACUCUCCUUUGAAAAUUAUCAGUAUGUGGAUUGCAGAGACAGUGUCCUACUGUCUUGAUUCUAAAGUCUCUCAUGGCUACAGUAGUCCUGGAGGAACUUAUUUUGCCUGUCUUCAAUGCCCUUCAGAGAAAUUGCAGUAGCCUGCUUUUAAUGCCUCUGGGGACUUGUAGUGUGGGAAGAAACUGAAGUUUUGAUUUUAUGAACAGGAAGAUGGCUAUGGUAACACAUUCCUUUUAAGGUAGCAUAUAAUGAUGCUAAUGGACCAGCAAUAUUCUAAAAGAAUGGCAGAAUGGCACCCGAAUGCAGAAAAUGGAAUGCAAGAACAUGUGAACAUGAGACAGUUAUACUUCAUAUUGGAAUUUCAAUGGAUUUAUAGGCUGCAUGGAUCACAAAGUGGCUGCUGAAUUUGCCCUGGUACGUUUAUUUCUUUUGGAAAUUACUCCCUGGAACUGGGAUUUCUAAACAAUGAAACUUACCAAUGCAGAGUUUAUGGAGGGCUGGGAGCUGAUCUGAUGCAUUUUCAUUUUCCAAGAACUAUCUUCUCCCAUACCAAUAAGAGGAGGAAAACCUGAACUUUUUGAAGGAGGCACUACCACUGAAUUAAGGUUGUACUUCUUCUCCCACUUGAUUUUCCCAUGUCCGUUAGUUCAGCUCUUUUAGAAGGGGGGGGGGGCUGGCUCACAAAGUCAAAAUUAUUGCUCUGUUCAAAUGCUAACUUUUCUAAAUCUAUUUUUACUGUAGCAUUAUUUUCUUGGAUUCUUUUUAAUUUUAUUAACUUUUUAAAAGCAUAGAAUGCAAAAAAAAAAAAAAACCAAAGAAAAAUUUAAAAGGUUUACUCACUAUUGGAGCUGAGAGGCGAGUAAAUUCUGAAAAUAUUUUCUCUUGGACCAGUACCACAGUUCACAUACAAAAAAAUGACCUAUAAAAAAAUGAGUAUGCCUUGAUAGAAUUUCUGGCCUUUAAAAUUAGGUAGUUUUGAAGCAAAUAUGCAAUGCUGCCUGGUGAUAAUAUAUAGUAGAAAAGACUGGUGGAUAAGAAAAAUUGGUCACUGGAAAAGGCAAUUAUUUACACAUCUUUUUAAAUAAAUACUUGUGCAAUACUUCCUAAA